GCAUGCGCUUUGCCGCCUGCGCUGUCGCUUUGCUUUGGCAUUGACUGAGGCGGCGGCGGCGGCGCGCGGGCGCUCGCCAUGGAGUCCUACGAUGUGAUCGCGAACCAGCCGGUGGUGAUUGAUAACGGCUCUGGCAUGAUUAAAGCUGGCUUUGCAGGUGAUCAGAUACCCAAGUACUGCUUUCCAAACUACGUGGGCAGACCAAAGCAUGUUCGGGUUAUGGCUGGAGCUUUGGAAGGUGACAUUUUCAUUGGACCAAAAGCAGAGGAGCACAGGGGCCUUCUUUCCAUCCGCUACCCUAUGGAGCACGGCAUAGUGAAGGACUGGAAUGACAUGGAGCGCAUUUGGCAAUACGUGUACUCAAAGGACCAGCUCCAGACCUUCUCUGAAGAGCACCCCGUACUCCUGACGGAGGCUCCCUUGAACCCACGCAAGAACCGUGAAAGAGCAGCUGAAGUUUUCUUUGAAACCUUUAAUGUGCCAGCCCUGUUCAUCUCCAUGCAAGCUGUGCUUAGCCUUUAUGCGACAGGGCGAACUACAGGAGUGGUGCUGGACUCUGGGGAUGGGGUCACCCACGCGGUUCCUAUUUAUGAAGGCUUUGCCAUGCCCCAUUCCAUUAUGCGGAUUGACAUAGCCGGCCGUGAUGUCUCUCGUUUCCUUCGCCUUUAUCUCCGGAAGGAAGGCUACGACUUCCACACGUCAUCUGAAUUUGAAAUCGUCAAAACCAUCAAAGAGCGGGCCUGUUACCUGUCAAUAAACCCACAGAAGGAUGAGACAUUAGAAACCGAGAAAGCUCAGUACUACCUUCCAGAUGGAAGCACCAUUGAGAUUGGCCCUGCCCGAUUCCGAGCCCCUGAGUUGUUGUUCCGGCCAGAUCUGAUUGGGGAGGAGUGUGAGGGGCUGCACGAAGUCCUGGUUUUUGCCAUUCAGAAGUCGGAUAUGGACUUGAGGCGGACGCUCUUCUCCAACAUUGUCCUCUCUGGAGGCUCGACACUCUUCAAAGGUUUUGGCGAUAGGCUUCUGAGCGAAGUGAAGAAACUGGCCCCCAAGGAUGUCAAAAUCAGGAUAUCUGCUCCUCAAGAGAGAUUAUAUUCCACAUGGAUUGGAGGCUCCAUCUUGGCUUCACUGGACACAUUUAAGAAAAUGUGGGUUUCGAAGAAAGAAUAUGAGGAAGAUAGUUCCCGGGCAAUCCAUCGAAAAACCUUCUAGCCUGGCAGCAUGCUGGGGUCUCCUUGGAGCGUCGUUCCUGUUCUCGGCUCACUUUCCUGAGUCAGUGUCUGAGGAGCUCCCCACUGGUGUGUAUGUGUAAGGGUAGAUGAGUGCCAGCAUGCCCUGGACUUUCCCGAGGGAAGGGAAGGCUGGGGUUUCGGCUUGACUUUUGAUUGGUUUUGCAGGGGGCAAGUGAGAAAUUGGAAUGAACCUGUGGGCAAGCUCUGUUUCCUUUUCAGCUGGCCCACAGACUUUGUUUUGGGGGUGGGGAGGGGAGUGCAUUUGUGUCGCAGAAGAUGGCAAGUAUGGCUGUGGAGCUGAGCAACUUAGGAUGAAAAUGAGAGUGCGGCAAAGCGGCCAGUGCAUAGGGCUCCCAGUGACUGGUGGAAGAACAUGGGCCACGUUGAAGGUCCAUCAUGGAACUCUAGCACAGCAACUGACUGCGAUCCAGUUCCUCUCAGUUGCUCAGCAGUCGUUUUUUAGAUGGCCAGUUCAUCGCCUCCCCCCUCUACUUUUAGAAUUCUCUUGCACACAAAAGAGGAUAAGCACAUUCCAAGCUGUUACAAACCCAUUUACGGCGGGUGUGUGUGUGUGUGUGUGUGUGAGAGAGAGAGAGAGAGAGAGAAUCUGUAGUAUGGUGUGUGAGAAUCUGGACCACAACAGGAUGGUUGGAGCAGUUAAUUUUAGGAACUAGUUUGUAAUGCAUGGUGUAGAGCAGAAAGACCCUUCCCUUUUUACGCUAGACAGUCCUUGCAUUGGCAUCUGGUGAUGAGACCGUUGUCUGUCAUGCAGCCAAGUGCCCAGGGCCACUCUGCACUGUGGCCUCAUUCUCUUUUCCUUCUGCCAAGCCCCUCCCCUGCCUCAUGUGUGUUCUCACGGUUUACAGUGUUCAUUCUUUCCGAAAGGCCGAGGCUUUAUGCCCACGUCACAAUCCCCGCACAAAGGGGCUAUUCAGCCACGCUUGCUGGGAAGCCCCGUAAUUGCUCUUAGAAUUUAUUUAUUGAAAGCUUUUGGUGGUAACUGAUCUACUAACUGGGCCCAACGUUAGUUUCCCCCAUUUUUAUCUGUCCUACUAUCUACUACACGUCCUGUUUUAACAUGUGCACCAGCACUGGGAAUACCAUACUUGCUUAGUAGCGUUGGGUCAGUCCUGCAACUAUCCCCGCUCCUUAGAGUACCCUGUUACUUUUGGAGUGGCUGUUUCCAUGAAUGCACCGCAGGAUGAAACAACAAACUCUGAUAGAACACUAGGAGUUGAGUAAGAGGCCUCCAGAGGGAGGCUGUCAUCCCAGAGUUAAUAGUUAAGUCCUUUGACUGCUUCAGUACUGCUACAGAAAUGGAAUGGAAAAAUCAUCUGCUUUGAAUCGAAUUUUUUAUUCUUUUUUUAAAAUAUACACAUUUGGUGCUUCUUAUUGGAAAGGGUUAUUUUUGUUGUUUUAAUGCUGCUGCUGAAAACCAAAUAUUUCACAUUCUUGGCCACUUGUUAGAAGAUGAGACAGCAGGAAACAAUCAUUUUGUCUCUCUGUAGGCAACUGUUGGAAGAGAAACUUCAAUAGGAAGCGAGAGUGCAGGGACUCAAGAAAUCCAAGGUGGAGGCAAAGUAUUGUCCUGUUUGUUACCACUGAUUGAUUUUGAAUGUGGACCCCUUGUGCUUUAGCUGCAAACUUCAGCUUUGCCCUUCAACUCAUCAGCUUUCUCAGAAAAUGUCAUGAGGAUUAGAAUAGGCCAUUUAGUUUGUUAGGAGCAGCCAGAGUCCCUUCAGUGCUCGAAGCUGCAGUUGUUGUCUGGCCUAAGGUAAGGGAUGGGGACAUCUCAUAACCUCUCCUACACAAUAGAUAGGUAGUUAAAAUGCAAAUUUUGUGUAUUAUGCAACACACACACACACCCAGUGUUAAAAAAUCUUCCAAAUAAAAAUGUGAGGUGAUAACUGUGACAGUAUAAGCUUUCCUUGUCCUUCAGUCCCUUCCUAAGACCUUAGGAAGAGUAGCUGAAUUGGAAGUUUUAGGCUUCUCUAUUAGGAUAACAGGCUUACACUUGGAAAGAAAGUGGAUGUAUAUCUGAGCUAAGCAAGAGCUGAGCCACAUCUACCUUUCCUCCAUUCUUUCCAGGACACCCUUCUUCUUCUUUUUGCACCAGUGCUUUCCCUGGGAAAACCUGCUCUUUAGCAACCUGAGUUUGUUUGCUCCGAUUGAGCACUAAAGAGCAGGUUUCUGCAGGGAAAGCUACAGGGUAAAAACCCAAACAGCCAGACACAGAGCUUUUUAAGUUCAGACCUGUGCCUGGAAAGAGUGGGACAAAAGGCAAGUGUGGAUAAUCCCCAAGAGAAGUUGUAGCUGGUGUUUCAAAGACAGACAUAUGCUAAUUAAAGGUGUUUCCCCUCCUGCACCUGCAAAGAGGAUGUGCUUGGGCAGAGCAGUGCCAUUGGUGGGUCCUGAUUAGGAUCUCAGCAGUAUUCUCUUCUCUUUAGUUCCAAGUAACAUGGCCCAUAGGUGAUGUAUCAUGAAGCUUCCCCAAGCAGGAGUGGACAAGACUGCACAGGCAGCAAAUGCUGGGGCAAUGUACAUUUUUGCAGCACGUGAGGACAUAGCCACUGAAAGCUAGCACAGAGCCAUAUUACAAUAUUACAGUGAAUGAUCUACUAUAGGUUUUAUCAUCUCAGAUGUCCCUCUUAAGACACAUGCAUGGCCAGGAGACCCCUCUCUCCCCCACUUAAAGCCAGGGCUGGGCACCUGCGGCCUUCCAGAUGUUGCUGACCUUCCAUCAGGCCCUGCCAGCAUGGCCAAGGAUUAAGGAUAACGAGACUUGUCCAGUAACAUCUGGAGGGCCAAAGGUUUUCCUUCUCUGCUUCAGACAGUAGCAGUUGUAUUAAUACAUCUUCAAUGAACCAAGCCCUGUAGGUUUUUCAAUUGGAGUAAAAUGACAUUUCUCCUAGAAUGAGCCUAGCAGCUAAUGGUUUUGAAUGGAGUCCAGAUCCUGUUUUAAUAAGCUACACCCGAAUGUAAAGGUUUGUUGCAUCCCUGAGUGAGGGGUUGUCCUGACUAUUAGCUUCUCCACUGGCAAGAUGUACAUCCAUUAGGGUAGCCCGAGAUGUUUAUGGGAGGGUCUACAAAAUUUAUAAUCUUCUACCAUAGGUAAAAGAGAAGGGCCCAUAUUUCUUGCCUUAUACUAGAAGAAUGUCAUUGUGUUUGACCUGACUGAUGUCUAAAAUACCUGCAUACUCAGUUCAGGCUCUUCUAUAAAGGCAUUGAUUCUCACAGUUUCCACCAGGAGUAGAGCUUUUACCCCCCCCCCCAAUAACUGUUUGAAAACAUGUUUUGUGUUAAUGAAAUGUCUAAUUUCAAAUAUAGGGAAACAGUAAUAAUGACAGCCAGUGCAUGUCAGCUUCUACUGGUAGACGUGACAGAGCAACCCCUAGGUUAGUGUAAUAGUCUGUUUCAGGCACUACAUAGGGGAGGAGAGAGAAUCCUAGAACUGUAGAGUUGGAAGGAACCCUGUGGGUCAUAAGCCCCCUCCUCUCUGGUCCUUUGUGUUUUUUCCUUGUUUUUCCGCAUCAGUUAUCUGAAGCAGCAGUGUUACACAAUGAACAAACUGACAGGUGCUUCCUACAAUCUAGCAUUGGUUCCAUCAGGCUGACACUGUACUUUGCACAGAUGUGUGAACCACUGCUGGGUGCCGCCCAAUGUACUUAAAUAAAGUUGUUAAUAUACAA